AUGUCCCCGGAUUCUGAAAUGACCAUGUCCGAAAAGCAGACUCCUGAGGGUGUCAGUGAGACCACCAGUGAAGACCCUAUCGAAUGGGAUGGUGCUUUACAUGGGUUUCCCUUAUAUCUCGGGGCCCUUGGGCUCGGUCUGGCUCUCUUCCUCACAGGCAUCGAAGCUACUAUUGUGAGCACAUCCUUGGUUACCAUCACCAAUGAUUUGGACGAUUUUGGUCGAAGCAGCUGGGUUAUCACAUCCUACCUGCUCACCUAUACAGGAUUUCUUAUGAUCUGGUCGAAGAUUGGUGAUAUUUGGCGGGUAAAAACAAGUCUUCUCGUUUCCCUAUUUAUGUUCACGGCAUUCUCCGGCGGCUGCGGUGGUUCACAAAGUCUCAGGCAACUAAUCAUCUGCCGGGCAUUUCAAGGGGUAGGCGGUGCUGGUGUAUACUCUCUCACGCUAUAUUCCUUUGUCCGUAUAGUCCCCUACCGACAGUACGACACCAUCAGCUCUGUCGCCGGCGGUAUACUGUCCCUUGGUCUUGUCCUUGGCCCCUUGAUUGGAGGCGCUGUUGCUGAAAAAGGCAGUUGGCGCUGGGUUUUCUUGUGCAAUGUGCCAGCCGGGGCCUUUUCCUGGGUACUAUUACUUAUCGUGCUUCCAGCUAACUUCCCCAAUGCUCCAUCGGCUCAAACAGCCUCAUCUAAGUACAAGGGAGCUGGGAUGAAGAUAAAGACUUUCUUCCAGCGGGCAGACACCCUUGGUGCUCUGGCCUUGUUAACUGCGUCAUCAUUUGCUAUCGCAGCCCUGCAAGAAGGUAAUUUUGAGUACGCCUGGUCAUCUGGUCUUGUGAUCAGUUUUCUAGUUAUCUCAGGAAUCUUCUGGAUUGCAUUCCUCUUAUGGGAGUGGUUUAUCAGUAAGAAGGACCUCGAUAUUUACGCAAUGUUUCCCUGGAGACUGGCGGGUAACCGGAUCUUCCUGGGCGCUGCCCUGGGAUUUUUUACAACCGGUCUCCCAAUGACUGUCAGUAUCAUCAUGAUUCCUCAGCGGUUUCAGAUCGUCAAUAGCUGUUCCCCUAUCGACGCCGGAGUCAGGUUUCUAGCCUACGCGUUAAGCAGCCCUGUUGGUAUAAUGUCCUGCUCUGUACUAACCGGGCGCCUUAAGAUACCAUUCUGCUACGUUGCACUCGGUGGUAUAGUCCUCCAGGUUGUUGGUCUCUUCUUAUUUUCCGAGACCGCUUUCUCAACAGACAUCUCAGCUGCACAGUACGGAUACCUUGUCCUGGCCGGACUAGGAACAGGUACCAGCGUAGCGGUAUUCUACAUGAUGGUGCCGCUUGUGGUCGAUGGUAAAGAUCAAUCAAUUGCCUUAAGCACCGGGCUCCAGCUUCGAAUGCUGGGUGGUGUUUUGGGCGUUGCAGCAUCUACUACCAUUCUGCAUAACUAUCUCAGGAGUCGAUUGUCGGUGACCCUAGAUCCUGACCAAGUCAGCCUAUUGCUCUCCUCCAGUGAUGCUAUUGGAAUAUUUUCGCCCUACAUUCAACUACAGGUCCGCCAGGCUUACUCGGUUGCCUAUAGUGCACAGGUGAAACUUGCGGGAGGAUUCUCCGUGGCUCAGUUGCUAUCUGUCGCGAUGAUAUGGAAGCGCUCAAAUGUGCGGUAUCUCAAACGUUAG